AUAAUUAGCAUUUUCCUUAGAGCGCCGUACUGUGAUGCUAAUUGGCUCCGUGUCCUACUGUAAGUCAGGAGGGCACCACUUUCCCCGCCCCAAACAAGCGCCUUUUCUAUCCUUUGUAGUCCUUCUGAUCCUUCAUUUCAAGUACGAGCUGCUACAGAAUGGCAUAUGGAAAAGUUGUUUCCCUAGUAGUGUCUCUUUUCGUCGUGACCAGAGUGCAGUCUUAUCCCAGCGGAGCUCCUACUGGCGUUUGCUCUUCAAUGUUGCCUUCGCAUCCACCUGCCUCUCCUUCAAACAACACAUCGAUCUACACGGUGAACUUCACCGUAAAUGCCUACAAACCGGGGCAGGCUGUCUCAGUGAAAAUAGCAGGCAACCAGUACAAAGGAUUUCUUCUUGAGGCCAGAGAUGCUGGGCAAAAUAUAGUUGGAAGUUGGAUUUCUCCUCCAAGUAACUGCAAACUCAUAACUUGUACAACAGGGAAUGAUGCUGUCACCCAUUCUGAUAAUACACCAAAAGUACCUUCCCUACUCUUUCAGUGGAAAGCCCCGAGUGAAAAUUGCCCAAGCAAAGUCACAUUUUAUGCUACAGUAGUUCAAAGUGAAUAUGUUUUCUGGACAAUGCUUAAAUCAGCAGAUCUACAAUUAGAUAGCACCUCAUUCUGUCCAACAACCAAAAAUAAUGCUGCACCCAAAAUGGGACAUACAAGCUACACCUUUUUCUAUACUGUCACAUUGUUUCUUUUCACUUCUUGUCUUCUUAAUAUAUGAAAUAUGUCUUUCAUAAUUUGAAACAUUAAUUUACCGCAUUAAUGUCAUGUCAUUCCAUAUGUAAGUUUGUAAACGAAGACAAACUGUAUAAGAAAUUAUUUUUUAAGUAACAGUUUCCAUUAUUUACAUGUAUUGAAAUUGCUUAAAAUCUUUUUCCACAAAUGUGCAACAUCUUCUGUUGCUCACUAUGUGGGAUUGUUGGUGAAUGCAUAAAUAAAUAAGUACAUAUAUACAGUUAAUAAUGUAUAGAGUACAGUAAUUGUUCUGUGUAACUUAGAACAUGAUCAUUUCUCAUUAUCAUGCCUAAAUUAUGUAUUUGUAAAAAAAUUUGAUUAAUAUGAUACUUGUCAAUAUAAUUAUAUUGUAAUAUACUUUUUCUUAUGAAAUCAUUUAAUUCCCUGAUGUCUUCAUUUAAUUAGUCUAACCAAUUUAUUUUUUAAUGUUGCAAUAUUUUUUUAUUUGGCAUCUUACCUCUGUAAAAAUGAUUAAAA